AUGUCGACCGCCUCGUCGGGUGCGCCGAUCACCCCGACCGAGGCUGAUCACCCCGUCGGACUCCCGGUGCAAGUCGAUACUCCUCCUUCAGCAUCCACCACCUUCCGAGACUACGUUGUGUGGCAUCAGAAUGGCUCUUUCGACAGGGAUGCAUAUGCGGAUGCACAAGCAUACUGGCAAGAAAAACUUCCCACCCUGCCGCUGGCUCCUGCGCUGCCAAUGCGAUCUGCGGGCAACCAUGCGAUCGACAGCGCUUCCGUGCACCACCUGGCACACACCUUCUCCGAAACAUUCUGGUCAAGCUUUGUGUCGCAAUGCAAGCAGCACAGCCUUCUUCCAUCAGCUGUUCUCAUGACGAACUUCAUCGAUGCUUUGCGUCUCUGGAGCGAAGAACCACAUUUCACCGUGAAUACUACCCUUUUCAACCGAGAAUAUGUCGAAGACGACAUUGACAAGGUCAUUGGCGAUUUCACCGGGGGAAUCUUGUUUCCGACCCCAGACGAGGCGGCCUUCGAUGACAAGUUCUUCUCCAAGCGCUGCCGCCGCGUGCAGAAGCAGCUGCUUUCCGACAUUUCUUACUCGCAGUACAGCAGCAUUAGUGUGAUUCGGGAUCUACAGCACUAUCAUCCAGGAUCUCUGAUGCCAAUCGUCUUCACCUGCGUCUUGCCGUCGGGACAAUCUGCAGAGAUUCCUGGUCCGACCAUUGCGGCCGAUUCCCUCGAAUUUGAGGUUAUCAGUCGCAAGACGCAGACCUCGCAAGUCUGA